GUGGGACCGUGGGAGUAAGAAAAACAAAACUUCUUCAUAAAUGCAGCCAAAAGAGAGAGUGGUCAAUAAAUAUAUCUCUUCUGUAUCCAAAAAAGUCUAACCCACAACAUGAUUUGUUGUCAAAUGAAUGGAUGAAAAGUCAAAAAGCUCAAAAAAAUCUGUGAGUCUGAAAAUGACCUUUAAAACGGGCAAUUCCCUUGCUCUAAAGCUCACUUUGUGAAACUCAAAUAUUGCAAAGUAAGAAAGCCUGAAUUAGCAGCGAUACCUGGAAGAAAUGGCUGGUUUUGUUGCCAUUUUGCUUCUAUUUCACUUCCUGUUCGUCUCACAACUUUCCUAUGCACUUCCCUUGUGUACUGACUUGAGAGCACCACAAAAAACAAAAACCCCUCUGAAAUUCUGUUCAUACAAUGGAGCUACAUGCUGUGACUCUACUAAAGACCUUCAACUGCAGAAACAAUUUCAAGCUAUGAACGUCUCUGAUUCUACCUGUGCUUCCCUUCUGAAAUCAAUUCUCUGUGCAACGUGUGAUCCCUAUGCAGCAGACCUUUUCGAGGUUAAGACAGGGAAACAGCAGCAACAACCAGUUCCGCGUCUUUGCAAUUCAACCGAGUCAGGAACCUCAUCAAAAGAAUCAAUUACUAGUUUCUGUUCAACUGUAUGGAACACAUGCAAGGAUAUUGCCAUUCCAAAUUCGCCUUUUGAGCCUUCCUUGAAAGGUGGAGCUCGAGAACCUGCACCAAUUACUUCCAAUUCUCCGACACUUCAUGACCUUUGGAAGUCAGAAAAUACAUUCUGCAAUGUUUUUGGCAGUUCUUCAGAUGAUGAUGCUGUGUGCUUUGAUGGCAAACCCAUCAAGUUACACACCAAUACUUCAGAUACUGAUGUUCCUCCAAAAGGACUCUGUUUAGAGAAGAUAAGCAGUGUUAGCUACAUCAAUAUGGCUCCUCAUCCUGAUGGGUCUAACCGCGCCUUCUUUUCUAAUCUGCCUGGAAAAAUCUGGCUGGGGACCAUUCCUGAGCAAGAUUCUGGAGAAAAACUAAGCUUGGAUGAAUCAGACCCGUUUGUGGACUUAACCGAUAAAGUCCUGUUCGAUACCGUGUUUGGAAUGCUUGGAAUUGCAUUCCACCCGGACUUUGCUAAGAAUGGGCGCUUCUUCGCUUCCUACAACUGCGAUGCAAAAAAAUCUCCUGAAUGUGCUGGAAGGUGUGCUUGUAACUCUGAUGUUGAUUGUGAUCCAUCUAAGUUCAACACUACAGGUACUUCUAUACCUUGUCAAUAUCAAAGCAUAAUUGCAGAAUUCACAGCUAAUGGAUCAAACCCUUCAUCGAUGGAAAGUGGCCAACCAACAGAAGUAAGACGGGUCUUCACAAUGGGUUUACCAUAUACAAACAAUCAUGGAGGCCAGAUUCUAUUUGGACCUGAUGGGUAUUUAUAUGUCAUGAUGGGAGAUGGUGGAGGAAGAAAUGAUCCUCAUCACUUCUCCCAGAACAAGAAAUCCAUUCUGGGGAAGGUUUUAAGGCUUGAUGUAGAUAGUAUUCCAAAUUAUAAUGAUAUUGAUAAACUCGGUCUAUGGGGUAACUAUUCUGUACCUCGGGACAAUCCUUACUCGGAGGACAAGGAUAUGGCACCAGAAAUUUGGGCUAUGGGGUUCAGGAAUCCUUGGCGGUGUAGCUUUGAUGCAGAUCGGCCUACAUACUUCAUGUGUGCAGAUGUUGGUCAGGAUUUAUAUGAAGAGGUUGAUGUAGUCACCAAAGGUGGAAAUUAUGGCUGGGGUGUAUAUGAAGGCCCAAUUCCCUGUACUUCUGGAAAUGGAGCACAUAAUUCAUCAGCAACCCCAAAUCUAAUCUUCCCAGUAGCAGGUUACACUCAUUCUGAAAUCAACAAGAAAAUUGGAUCAGCAGCAAUAUCUGGCGGGUAUUUCUAUCGCUCUGAGACUGAUCCAUGCAUGUCUGGCAGAUACUUGUAUGGGGAUCUUUAUGCAAGCAACAUAUGGGCAGCUACUGAGGAACCCCAAAAUAGUGGAAACUUUAGCACAGCGGCAAUGCCUUUCAGCUGUGGUAAAGACUCACCAAUUCAGUGUGAUCCUGUCCCUAAAUCUACACUACCAGCUCUGGGAUACAUAUAUUCAUUUGCCCAGGAUAACAGGAAAGACGUCUUCAUUCUAGCCAGCAGUGGUGUUUACAGAGUAGUACGCCCAAGCCGCUGCAACUACGCUUGCUCAAAAGAGAUCGUGAGGCCUGCCACUGCAAGUCCAAGUCCAUCUCCCCCUACAAAUGGAGCUCAAUCUAUGACAUCUAACGGAGAAUGGCUCUUAUUGCUUCUUUCUUUUCUGAUUUUGGUGGGUUUGUAUAAUUGACACAAAUAAUGCAGCUAUUAACAUUGGCAGUUUAUUUCAGUUUCAAUUAGAUGUAUACAUAGUUAAAUAAAUUAUGAUGUUCUUUUAAUUAAAUAAAUUAUGAUGUUCUUUGUAACUUAAAUAGAUUGAAAAUAUUUUGAUAG